GAGCGUUGAGCGGCGCGUGCGCAGUAGAGAAGUUUUUUUAGAUUUGAUUUCCCACCAAACCACAAAGCGUCCACAACAUGAAGUGCAUUCUGUUCAUCUCAGCAACAUUGCUGCUGUGCGUCUGCCAGGCAGCGAGUGAGCUCACAGAGUCUGCGGCGGAUCAUCAGCAGGAGGCGGCCGAUCAGGCAGGCGCCGCUAGCAGUUAUGCGCCAUUGCAGGAGAAGAAACAGGAGAAGCGAUAUGUUGGUGGUUACAAUGGUUAUGGUGGCUAUACGGGCGGUUAUGGAGGCUACGGCGGCUAUGGCGGAUAUGGCGGUUACGGCGGAUAUGGCUCAGCAUUGGGAGGCGUUGGCACGGACAGCUAUUACAAUCCAUAUAGCUCGUCCCGUGUCCUCGGCGGCUUGGAUGCAGGUGCUGCUGGCGGCUAUGGUGGAUAUGGCGGCUAUGGUGGAAUUGGCGGUUUGAACUCAAAUCCCUAUGCGCUAUCGUAUUACAAUUCACGUCUGGGUGCCAACUCCGCACUGGGCGGCUAUGGCGGUUACAAUUCCAAUCCCUAUGGAUCUCUCUCCUACUACAAUUCGCCCUAUACACGCGGAUAUGGCAGCUAUCCAUCCAGCUAUUACAACAGCAAUUAUGGCAGCAGUGUGGUUGGCGGCGGACUGGGAGCUUUAGGAGGUGUGCCACCCAUUGGAGCGGCCGGCUAUAACUAUGGAGCCGGUAUUUCGGGAACAGUCUAUUAGAAAUGAGACGCCAUCUCUUGCAACAAUUUAUGUUUAGUGCAAUUUAUUUUAUAUAUAUAUUUGUAUAUUAAAAUUUUUUUCAUUUUUUUUUGUUAA